GCAAUUCCCGCCGCCAUGGACGCCCCCGCGCCUACCCCCGCCCCCGCCCCUCCCGCCGCCGCGGUGCCGGCCGAGGCCGCCGCGAGGGCUCCUGCCCCCGCUCCUGCGCCGCCGCAGCCUGCCGCGGCGGCCCCGCCGGCGGGGAGGCAGCUGUUCUCCGUGGAGCUCCGGCCCGGGGAGACCACCAUUGUGUCGUGGAAGAAGCUUCUCAAGGAUGCCGGCCCGGGAGCCGCCCCGCCGCCCUCCCUGCCCGCCGCGGCGGUGCAGCCGGUCGUUGCCCCCCUCGCGGGGCCCUCUGGUGCUGCGGUACAUCCAACAGAAAACGACCCAAAUGAUCCAUCACAGUCAAAUCGGUUCAAUGCAGUUAUUGAGAAAAUCGAGCGCCUUUACAUGGGCAAACAUAGUAGCGACGAAGAAGAUUUGGGUGAUGUGCCUGAUGAUGAUCAGUAUGACACCGAAGAUUCUUUCAUUGAUGACGCUGAAUUGGACGAGUACUUUGAAGUUGACAAUUUGGAAACCAAGCACACUGGAUUUUUUGUGAACAAAGGGAAAUUGGAACAAAGUGAGUAUGGCUCAGUACAAAAUGUUGUACCAGAUGGCACAGUACAAAAUGUUGGACCGAAGAAACGGAGAAGAAGAGACUCUUCAAAUUCUUACAUCGAAAAUAGCAAGGAGCUUGCAACAGGCAGCAUGCCUGUAAAAGCCCCUAAAAGAAAUGCUCUUGAAAUAGGGAAAAACAUAGCAAGUAGCGACUUAAGUUCUUACAGCGAAUAUCACUCUGAAGGCAACAAACCGUUGACGAAUAAAAGUAAUUCCCCUGGAAGAAUGCAGAAAGUGAAUGCCAGUGACAAUGCAACUGGUGCUGAGUACGCAUCACUUCCGAAGAUAUCAAGUAAGGGUGUUUCAUUACCUUCUUCAGAAAUAAAGGACUUGAACAAGCAUAAAACUGCAGUGCCUCAGGCUGUUGAUUUUGCUCGUAAGUCUACAACUAAUGCAACAAACCCUUAUCCAGCAUACUUGGAGAAGGAUGCUGCAGUGCAACUUGAUCUCCAAUUGAAAAAAUCCUCUAAUGUAGCGAAGCCAGAUUUGCCAAAGAAAAUGCGCUCCAAAGAAAAAUAUGGUGUCAAUCAGUUUCCUGGCUUGACUACAGCAGACAACGUAUAUUCGACACAAACAACGCACUUGGCUGCAAACAGGCGCAUAGAAGGUUCAGGUAUUAAGGCCAAGGGUACCAGACUCGAGCGAGCUAUUCGUGACCUUGAAAAUAUUGUUGGUGAAUACAAACCGCAUACUCUUGAUGUUCCGUACAUUGAUCCAAAUUGUCAAGGAGCGGUCAAAAGAAGACUGCCUCAAGAAAUAAAACAAAAACUUGCUAAGGUCGCAAGGUUAUCGGCAAAUCAGGGUAAAAUCUCAGAAGAUGAAUUGAUCAAUCGCCUCAUGGGCAUAGUGGGGCACCUUGUGCAGCGUAGGACACUGAAGAGAAACAUGAAAGAAAUGGUCGAAUCGGGUAUGUGCGCUAAGCAAGAGAAGGCUGACAAGUUCCAGCAAGUGAAAACUGAGAUCUAUGAAAUGGUCAAAGCACGUCUAGACACCAAGCCCAAGGUUACUGAACAAAGGGAUGAUUCAGCACAUGAUUUUCAAGGGGGUGUCAGUAUUGAUGAUAAAACAGCCUUAAAAGGCAAAUUUGUUCUGGAUGCUCCACUGGAGGACAGGAUCUGUGAUCUAUAUGAUCUUUAUGUUGAGGGUAUGGAUGAAGACAAGGGCCCUCAGAGUCGUAAGUUAUAUGUAGAGCUUGCUGACUUGUGGCCACAAGGUUACAUGGAUAAAGUUGAAAUUCGAAAUGCCAUUUCAAGAUCGAAGGAGCGAAGAAAUUUAUUGUACCGGCAGCGCAAGGUUCGCAACGAGGAGAGAAUGAAGAGGAGAAGGAUAGCUGCUGCCGCCAAGUCACGAGAUGGCAACCCAAUGGUGGCUCAGUAUGCUACAGCACAGCAAGUUAUGCAACCGCCCGUGAAAGACGCUAGUCCAUCGAUGACAAGCACACACACCUUGUAUCCUGUUGUUAACUAUGGACAUAGCCAGGUCUGCAGAAACGCUGACAGAGUUGGUGAAGUGACCGUGGGUGCAGCAUCUGACGGCAACCGUAGUUCUUCCACGGACAUCAAGAGGAGGAAACUAGGGUCUGACGCCGCCGUGGAUCUGCAACUGCAAGCUAACCCACUGAAGGUUCCCCCGCGGUAUGUCAGCGAGAAGCAGAAGCCUGCGAAGCGUGUGGAUGAUGCAAAGGUCGGCAGUAGCAGUAGCCUUCCUCAGACGGUGCUUGCCGUUGCAGGCUAUGACCCCCAGCGGCCCGGCUACAGCUAACAAAAUCAUUUUGGUGGUGCUCCAUUGGGGAACAGAAGAAUAAAUCAUGGCCAAAGGUUGGCUUGUAACAAAGAUAGGUAGGUAGAUGUUCGAUGUGCUCGCUGCCAAUUGACUUCUGAGCAAAUUAUGAUUGAACUCUUAGCGCGUCAUCUUGACUGAGAAGGGUAUUUUCUGGCCCAUUUGUAGUUUGGAAAGAUGAAUAAUUUACAUGGUUUAGUCUGUUUCGUUUGUCAUUGUUUCCCCUCGUUGUAAUCAUUCUGUUGUCGGUUCUCGCUUA